GCCUUAAUUCGCCACGUUGCAGAUGGCACAGCUAGACCCACCGGAGAAAGGCAACAAAGAUUCUCCAUCACACAAGAAAGACAGCAACGAGGAGGAUUCUGUAAGUAUGAAUGACUCCCCAACAGACUGGGAAUGUGUGACGCUGGAGGACAGUCUUCAGGACGCAGGCGAGAGCGACCAGACACCCUCUACAGGGUACGAGGACCAGCACAUGGACGUCACCACCAAACCAUGCAAGAAACUGCCCAAGGACGAGGACCAGGGGCCCAAAAAAGAGCACGUAAGUAUAGUCUUCAUUGGCCACGUUGAUGCCGGCAAGUCAAACAUAGGAGGCCAGCUUCUAUAUUUGACAGGAAUGAUAGACAAGCGAACAUUGGAGAAGUGCGAGCGGGAAGUGAAAGAAAAAAACAGGGAAUCUUGGUACCUCUCCUGGGCACUAGACACAAACCAGGAAGGACGGGACAAGGGCAAGACGAUGGAAGUGGGCUGUGCCUACUUCAAGACUGAGAACGAGCACUUCACAAUGCUGGACGCGCCGGGUCACAGGUCUUUCGUGCCCAACAUGAUUGCAGAUGCCUGCCAGGCCGACAUGGCAGUGCUGGUGAUCUCGGCGCGCAAGGGCGAGUUUGAGACGGGCUUUGAGCGAGAGGGCCAGACGCGAGAGCAUGCCAUGCUAGCCAAGACGGCUGGGGUUCAACACUUGGUCAUCUUGGUCAACAAGAUGGACGACCCCAGGGUGGAAUGGAGCAAGGAGAGGUACAAUGAGUGCAAGGACACACUGGUGCCGUACCUGCGCAAGUGCGGCUUCAACCCCAAGACAGAGCUGACGUUCAUGCCCUGCUCAGGGCUGACGGGUGCCUACCUGAGGGGGUGCCACCUGCCUGAGGGAGGUGGCACCCCCUGA